CCUACCUACGAUUCAAUAAUCCAAUGCCAAUCCACUAGUGAAACCAAGCAGACCUCAUCUUGGAUGGAAAGAACUGUUGUCAAGAAUAGCUACUGAUUUAGGUUCAGAUUGCGACAUGAAAAACUCCCAACUCUCAAGAAGUCAUACCUGGGGUUGCUGUUGUGGUGGUUGUGCAACAUUAGGUUUGGAUUGUACAUUUCUUCCACUACCCGCCUGGAAUUAUCUCCACAUCUGAAAAAGUUGGUCACAUCCAGGAUAACCACAUCAUUGCCUCUUGAAACUGCAUUACAUGAUUCAGGCUCUUGAAUGAAAAACUUACCGACUUUGCCAAGCUUUCUGUAUAUUAAGAGGCUUUGCUUCUGUUGUUAUGCUUGCCUGUAACAAUCUCAAGCAGCAGCUAUCCAAAACUGUAAACACCUUUUUGGGAUUUUUCCAGAAAUAGCACUGUUUAAAAAAAAAAUUCCAAAAAUAGCACCCAACUCCGAAAUAUUCCAAAAAUAGCACCCUUUUCCAAAAACCGCUCCCUACCAGUGCGGUUUAGACGAAAACCGCCACCCAGGGGGCGCGUUUUUCGAUGAAAACCGCACCCCCAGGGGGCGGUUUUGCAGACCGCACCCCCACCAUGCGAUUUGUUUGCAGAUCGCACCCCCAGGGUGCGAUCUGCUUUUUUUUUUUUUUUUUUUUUUGAAAAAUCCUAACCUAGGUGGAAACUUCAAACGAACGUAUCUUUGUGUUCGGGUAUCCAAUCGUCGAAAUUUUUUUUUUGAUUCUGCAUAACUUUUUGAGAUCUUGCAAGCCAAAGGUGGAUUGGUCCCGCCUUCAUCCCAAAAAAUGUCAUUUGCUACCCCGAACGAGCUUUUUUCCGAUUUCGUCAAACUUUGGACAACCAUAACUUUGUGCUCCAAAAUCAAAACAACAUGAAUUUUUUUUUUAUUUCGCAUAACUUUUUAAGGACUACAACUUUUAUCAUAGACACAAUUUCAAAAUGUACGUGGAUUGCUGAGAAGGGAAGGUAAACUAUUCCCAAAAUCCUGUAUAUCCAAAAAUAAUUCAUGUUUUGAAAAUUCAUUCUAGUAAAAAUUGUACUCCUUAAAAAGUUAUGCGAAGGGGGGAGGUAACAAGGCGAUUCUCCAAAUGCCAGCGCCGGGUUCAUCAAUCGAGAAGGAGAGUCGGGCCGACCAAUCGGGGACACGAGAACAGGAUGGAGCUACCACUCUUAAUGGGAUGGCAUGUGGCAAUCUGACCUUCAAUGAUAAUGACGGAGGGGUUGUGAUGCCAAUGAGGAAGGUUGAGAAGCGUCAUGGGCGCAGGGAAAAGGAGUGGGCCGACUGGGUGAGGUUAGUCCCAAGACCUCUGUUGGGCGUCAAAAGAAACAAAAUGGAGGCAUCUCAAGUAGGGUAUUUAGGCCAAAUGGGCCCUUACAUGUCGGGGAACGAACAGGCCCAAUAAGCGGGUUGGACCGAAUGGGAAAGGGCCGGGAGGAGUCGUGGAGUUGGCCUAAGCCCAUAGGGGUCGGUUCUGGAGUGAUGGGUCGUCUGAAUUGGGCUCAUUCCAAGCCGCUAGGUCAUCGACCCACUUGGAAGCAGGAGAGAGUAGGCCGAGCAUGCAGGAUCCAGGAGUCACUGAGGUGGGGAGGAUUCAAACUAGUGAGGAGGAUGCCACAACCCUAUUCCGAGGUCAAAUUGCGACCUUGGAAUUUCCCAAGUUGUGCAGAAUUACAUGGACAUGACAUGGGAAGAUUUUCGAGUAGAGUUAUGGAGAGGUAUUAAGCUUCUGAGAAGGCUACGACACAUGAAGCCUUGGCUAAGAUAAGGCAAACAGGGAUAGUGGAAGAUUGCCAGCAGGCUUUUGAGAAGCUAUUGAAUCUCUUCAGCUGGUGGAGUAAGGAUGCAAUUAUGGGAACCUAUAUGGGAGGUCUCAAGUCCAAGAAUUCUGCUUAUAGUUGCGCGUUUGAAUCGCGAAAUAGCAGGAGGCCUACCAUUUGGUCAUGAUUCGAGAGGAGGAAAUUCAGAUUGAGUGGGAGUCAUUAGAGGGACGGCAUACGGGCCAGUGGCAUUCCAACAGAAGGUGGUUCCAAGUCCCACUCUAGCACCACUUCCGCCUUCGACACAGUAGAAUCGAGGACCCAUGGUGGCAAGGUGAGUCAUUCGUUACUUAACUCUGGAGGAAUCUGCCAAACAUCGCCAUGAUGGUCUCUGCUACAACUGCGUAGUGGACGAUGAUGAGCAACCUCGAGACGAGGUUGCCUGAAAGGGAGAGGAUUGAUCCAUUCAAACUUGCUGGGCUAUGUUGAACUUUCAAUUAUUUAUUAUUAUGUUUAUUUGGGACAAUUUAUGGUUUAUUUGGUAUUAUUAUUUCUUGUUGAGUAAGUUGUUGUUUAGAAAUCGGAUUAUGAUUCGUUUACGUUGGUUAGGAGGUAAAGAGUUUAUAUAUUUUCUCUUAUAAAUAUGUACUUUGUGUCUACAUUUUAUCUAUCAUAAAAGAAUAAAUAAGCAAUUUUAGUUUCUUUAGUUUUAUUUGCUACAACAUUUCCGACGCGUGAACCGAUCAGGGGAGGGAGACUCAGCGCGACGGGUUCUCGAGCUCGUCCUUCUCGCCGGUCGCAAGAGGUAGUGAUGAGUUGGAUCCUGGAAAUGAAGGGCAGUCCCCAGUCGAGGAGGAGAGGGAGACUCGGUGGCGUUCUCAUCUUCUCGAGUUUGUCUUUCUCUCUGGUUGCCAGAGGAAGAGCUGAGCUUCAAAACGAUGAAGGGCGAUCGAGAAGGGGAAGGAGACUCGACAUGGCGGUGGGUUUGGCCAUUAUGCUCUUGGAGGUUCGACAUCGAUUUUUUUUUCCAAUUUCGUCACAUAAAACAACAACGUUUCUUUGAAAAUAGCCUACCACCGGUUUGAGCUAAAUUGGGCGGUAUUUUUUUUUGUUGAACCGUAAAAACCGACCAAUAUGGUAAUUCUUUUAGUACAAAGCCUACCGUUUUAUUUUCGGUUCGAUUCCCGGUUUUUCUAGGUGAACUGACUGGUAUGUUCUAGUUUCUUACUCCAUGGAAAAUACUUAGAUAGAGUUCUUGUGAUGGAUGUGCUUAUAUGGUUUUGAUUAUAGGUGUCAAAACAUGACCCAACCCGAGUAACCCGCCCAACCAACCCGAUCCGCAACCUGGCCGCAACCCGAUUUGACUAAAAGUCAAAGACCUGCAAUGUGCACGACCCGCAAAUCGAUUUACCAGUAACCUGAUUAACCCAUAACCCGAUUGACCCACAACCUGCUUGACACGAACCCGAUUGACCCGCAACCCGACUUACCCGAACCCGAUUAACCAAACUCGAACCUGUCCGAUUGGCACGAAUAAUACUUCAAAAUAUAU